AUGUUGCUAAAACUCCUGAUGCAGAUUACGGUUUCAGAUGGGAAGAGGAAGAUAAGACGUCACGGCGAAGCCGCACGAAGAAGAGAAACGAAGCUAGCUAAUGAAGAAGAGCUGGAUCCUUGCCUCGGACUUAGCCUGGAACUCAGUGAUGGUGGAGCCUCCUUUUCCAAUGACGGAGCCAGCAGCCGCAUUCCCCGAAUGUGUGUUGGCUUCUCCAAAGAGUCUAAAAAUUCAAAAGAGAUAGCAAUCAUCCUUAUCAGCUCUCAAUGUCCAUCUUAUCACAAAAAUACGGAUCCAGUCGAGAUUGGAUCGGAGAUACCAGAUUCCAAAGAUUAUGGGGAUCUGUUUUGA